AUGGGAGCAGUCAAUGCAGGCGAUUUCAUGCGGCGCUUCUGCUCGCAUCUGGGCAUGAAGGGAGCGCCAGUACAGGCGGCGAUAGAGGUGGUGCAGAACACAGAGCACAUCGACAUCCGCACCAGCAGAGCGCCCAUCUCCAAGGCUGCUGCCGCCAUCUACAUGGUCACACAACUGUGCAGCAACCCUGUUCCCACCAAAGACAUAUCGAGGGCAACAGGAGUGGCGGAGGGCACGAUCCGCAACACGUACAAGGACCUGCUGCCCUUCGCCUCGCGCCUGCUGCCAGAUUCAUACGCCAAACCAGAGGACAUCGCCAAGCUCUCCCCCUCGUAG